AGCCGGCGGCACGGGAGGUCCAUGGAGGCGGCGGCAACAACAGAUGCAGCUGCGCGGCCCGGCCAUCCCUGACCCGUUCCGCCGCCGCGCUGCGAGGGAGCUGCCGCUCCCAGCGAGCGCCCCGCCGGCGAAAUGGCCGCGUCCCGGCGGGCGGUGAGCGGCGAGACAAGCUCGGCGGCUUACGGGCAAGCCAUCGUCUGGCGCAACGUGGUGCUGAUGGGGCUGCUGCACUUGGGCGCCAUCUACGCGCUCAGCCUGGUGCCGCAAGCGCAGCCCCUCACCCUCCUCUGGGCAUAUUUCUGUUUCCUGAUGACGGCCCUGGGUGUGACAGCUGGUGCACAUCGCCUGUGGAGUCACCGUUCCUACAAAGCCAAGCUGCCUUUGAGGAUCUUUCUGGCUGCAGCUAACUCCAUGGCUUUCCAGAACGACAUCUAUGAGUGGAGCCGAGACCACCGUGUGCACCACAAAUACUCAGAGACGGAUGCAGACCCACACAAUGCCCGCCGUGGCUUCUUCUUCGCUCAUAUUGGCUGGCUCUUCAUGCGCAAGCACCAGGAUGUCAUAGAGAAGGGGAGGAAACUGGAUUUCACUGACCUGCUGGAUGACCCUGUUGUGAGGUUCCAAAGAAAGUAUUACAAGAGUUCAGUUGUGCUGAUGUGCUUUGUGAUCCCAACCUUUGUGCCAUGGUACCUCUGGGGAGAGAGCCUGUGGAAUGCCUACUUCCUGGCCUCCAUCCUCCGGUACACCAUCUCCCUCAAUGUCACCUGGCUGGUCAACAGUGCUGCCCACAUGUAUGGCAACCGCCCUUAUGACAAAUACAUCAGCCCCAGACAGAACACACUUGUCACUCUGGGAGCCAUUGGUGAGGGUUUCCACAACUACCACCACACCUUCCCAUUUGACUACUCGGCCAGUGAGCUGGGCCUGAAGUUCAACCCCACGACCUGGUUCAUUGACUUCAUGUUUUGGCUGGGGUUGGUCACUGACCGCAAGCAGGCUCCGAAAGAGAUGAUCAAGGCUCGCAAGGAAAGGACUGGAGAUGGCAGUUCUUGAAAAGUAAUGGCUUUGCUGUGUCAACGCUGUCGUAUAUGUAGGUGGGUGCACAUCGCCAUGCCUGUAGUGUAUGAAUUUUCCUCUGGGUAAAAUUAGUUUUGUCAAAUCAGUUGGGCUUAAUUAAUUCCCUGGGAACAGAUUUUGCCCCAGCUUUUUUUCCUUAUUAGCUGUCUUCUGUCCAAAUUUAAGGCUAUUAAGUGUAAAAGUGUUAUAUAUUAUUUAAUAUUAGAGUUAAACAGAAGAGAGAUUUGAUUUUAGUCAUGUCUGAAAUCACUGUAAUUUGCUUGUUCGUGGUAAACACUUGCAGGUUGGAGGAACUAACUGUCCUUUCCAAGUGCAGUUAGGGGAGGUUUUUGUUUUACUCUUAAUCAAAUAUGCUCCUUGUCCUGAGGAGACAGGACAAGGCCCAGUGAGCCAUUUCUAAUGGACUAAUGGAAAGGACAGUAACAGCUAUGAUGAAAAACGGGAUGUCCAAGGAUUAAAAAUGGCCUAAAUCUAAUUAGACGUUAGUUUGAAAACCUGCUUUCUUCUCUUAGCCCUGUUAGCCAGCCUGGUGCACUGCUCUCUUUGCUAAAUAUGAAAAACAUUUAUUGCUGAGCAGGCUUUUGUGUUGAAGUUUAGUCUCUAUACAGGCCAAAAUACUGACUAAUACUGUGUUGAGGUGAUUCCUUUGUUGUUGCAUAUGCAUUGUAAUUUGUAAAGGUAUAGCGCUUAACCAUGUCUUAAGCCAAAUAAAGCUUUGGUUUCAGUGUUUGGAGACCUAAGUUAUAUUCUAAUCAGUCAUGACCAUUGAUGCAUGCAUAUUCGAGCUCUUUUUGCAUAAGAGGCCUCUUAAUUUCUUUUUCUGCCUUUGACUAGCAAGUCAGAAAACUGACCUUUAUCUAAAUCAGAGUCUCUAUUUCUAUUUCAGCUGCAUGCAACAUUCAUUGGUUUCUGAGCAAAAUAUAAAGACAGUUAUGUAACUUCUGAAUUUUAACAGUUGCCUUGUUUAAAAACAAAAACCCAACCAACCAACAAACAAACCAAACCCCAGCAUGCAGAAUGAAUGGGACAUAUAACCUUUUCUAUUAGAUGUUAGCCAGUGCAGAAGAGGGACUUUGCGCUGUCAGCACUGGAGCACUUUUGAAGAUAGAGGGCAUGAUUUUCAGUUGUAAAGAAGGUCACCUCCUUGCCCUUCUAAGAGAGAGUGCCUGUGUGCCAUCUGCACGGCCUCACACCCUGGGCAAGGCAGGGAUCUCAACAUAACUGAGAGUCAGGCCCAGAUAUUUUCAGGAAAAGUGUAGUACUAGAAGGAAAAAGAAAAAAAAAGCUUUUUUUUUUGUUCAGUUUCUCAUUUUUUAAUUGAUGCCAUAUAAAAUAGUUGUCUUUAUUCUGUAUUCAUCCCAGUGGGUGUUUUAACAGUGUUACUUUGCCAUUAAUGAUGUGUAAACUCUUGAAUGAUUUACAGUAAAGUUAUGAGUUAGACUG